GUCAAGCGUGGACACCGUGCAGUGCGGGCAUACACAACGCCCGAAGUUUUCUGCGUCAUCUGGCGGAGGUGAGACUAAUCUCAGAAGCUCUCAGUCCAUGUCCUAGCCGCCAAGCAGGAAUUCUCUGGGUUUAGAGUGACGUAAAUUCAUUUCUCCUCGAUGAGCUGUGCAUGCGCCAAAAGAGCUUCUCGUUUCUGCCCACUGGGACCGCAGCUCAUGUGAUGUUCUCUCUUUCAUUUACAAAAAGCAGCUGCAACUGCUCACCGUUAGCCGUGGCCAACAUCAAUGGAGUGAUAAAUGGGCUUUAUGAGGCCCUCGUAAAGGUGAGAUAUCCCGGCGUAACAAAUAUUGAAUAUGGAGAUCUUGAGAACACGCUCUUGGCACAGAAUGACAGGAAUAAAUUACUGCAAUGGCUGCUGGUUCAAAGCUUGAGGGCUAUCAGUUCAACAGCUGAUGAGCCUAAAGCCGACAAUGAGUCACUAGUCAAGUGGUAUGUACAGCUCGGCAUCUGUGAUAACAAAGCAGCUCUUCUGGGCCAAUGUCCAAUAAAGGAUCAGUUGGAUACCCUCAUCAGGCUCACAAGAUUCAUCAUGAAUGUCCUCGGGGUUAAUGGCGAGAAGAAGGUGAUUCCUGACAGCGCUGAGAACAUCCUGGAUAGAUAUCUGAAUACGGAAAUUAAUUUGAUUCCGACGACCUGCAAGUUGACGACUAAAUUCGGGUACAAUGAAGCUAAACGGUACAUGAAGAAGUUAAGUGAGAGCAUCAAGGAAAAGCCCCACUCGUUUUUUGUUUCAACCGACCACAAAGAUGAUGUCCAGGACGUUGUGAAGGCAAGGGCAGAGCAAUCAGACGAGGAAGCACUCUUGGUAUCUGCUGAAACAGUCGAAAAGUUUUGCGCUGCUUUCCAAGAUAUUGAUAAGUGGACUAAAGUCGCUGAAGAAUCGACGAAAAAAUCAACUGAGUUGAUGGAUAAUUACAUAGAGACCAUUCACAAUAAUUUCUCAACAUUGAAUGAGACUCUUCAAAACAAGAAUGGAAUUUUCACAGCAGUUAUUCCCACAGGUUUGGACGUGGGGACGUAUCCCUUGGAUCAAAUAUUUCAGGACACAGUCGUUGGUUUGGAAGAGUUACAGAAGGCCAUUGAUCGGAAUGAUAAUUAAAUCUUCAGAUUCUUAUCUUCAAAAUGUUGCCUUAUUUUUUGGUGAAACAAAAUAAAUUUUCACUCUCCGAUAUCGCGCUGAUUAAAUGAUGUGAUUUAAAAAAACGAAAAAUUCAUUUUAAAGCUUAUAGAAAUAUCUUCAAAAUAGCGAUGAAAAAAAUGCAGUUAUUUUCCACUAAUGAGAAACAUUAUAAGAAGUUUCUAGACAAUUAAAGUGAAUCGUCUAUCAAUUUUUAAAGGAUAGAAGAUAUUGUAGGACCUUUUUUACGUUUUUUCUUUCAUAAUCUAAACGAUGACAAAAAAAAUAGAGUUUUACAACUUGGAAAAUUUAAGCUGAAUUAAUGCAUACGAAAAAUACCAAAAGAAUAAAUUAUGUGAACAGUA